ACCUGCGGCUUUCUAUCGCCUACUAAAAGGGUUGAAAUACGACCAAUCCCACCAAGGACUGAGCAUACAACUUGAAGACUAGACUUGAAUAUCACACCAUGGUCGCUCCUACACGGCCACCGCGAAAUGCCUUCAACGCCUUUAUGAGGAAGAUAUACAACCCCCUCGGCUUCAGCAAAGCAUAUAACUUCGUGCUCUGGUUUAUAUUCGCUGGCGCACUCACAGGCUUUGUCCUCGCCCGAUUUAUGUACCUGAACUUCUCCACAAACUUUUGUCCCAAAGGCGGUCCAAGCGAAAGCGGCAACAGCGCCGCACCCGGAGAAUGCUACUACUACCUCAACUUCACCCGCUACAAGGUCGGCAUAAUCCUCCACCUGGCAGGCGUCCUACCCGCUUGUCUGCUCGCCGUUAUGCAAUUCACGCCGUUCAUCCGGCACCGCUGGAUCAUCGUCCAUCGCAUUACUGGGUACUUCGCUGUCCUGCUCUACACAAUCAGUUUGGUUGGGGCCCUAAUGAUCGCACGACACGCCUUUGGCGGAGGAAUGGACGUUCAAGUCUGGAUCGGCUUCGUCGGCAUCGGCGUACUCGUCUGUUUUAUAAUCUCAUAUAUCAACAUAAAGAGACUACAGAUUGAGCAACACCGAGCCUGGAUGCUUAGGGGGUGGUUUUACGCUGGAGCCAUCAUAACCAAUCGAAUCAUCCUCAUCCUCGCCACCAUAAUCAUCAAGAACCAGGGUUACUAUACUGUCUGGCCGUGCGCGAAGAUCGAGGCAACACUCCCAAGCCCCCACCUCCUCCUAAACCGGUACCCUACCUGCGCAGCGUACGCCAACGGCACAAGCCCGGACCAGGUAGCACUCGUAGCGGCUACUUUCGGCGAAGGCGAUGCGACAAACACUGGCGCGGCGCUAAACAUCAACUUCGGUAUGGCGCUAUGGCUUGCGUUCGCAAUCCAUGCGCUGGGUGUUGAGGUCUAUCUACAUCUUACGCCCAAGGAGGCCCAGCGGCUGAGGCAAGUCAGCUACCAGCGGCAACUUGAAGCUGGGAUGAAGAAUCCUGGUUCCGCGGGUCUGACUGCUAAUCGAUUGGGAGAUGCUGACGAAUGGGUCCCGGAAGCGACCAGGAAGGAAAGUGCGAACACGUUGCUGGUUAGUCGCGAGAGGGUGCGAGGUUAGAGUUGACGAAGUGGCACGGUUGAUUUUUAGCGUUUGCAUUUGGUAUUGCAUCGUAGCGCAUAGCAAGGCGUUUGGUUCUGAUUAUUUCGCAUGGUGUUACUAGUAUAUCACUAUCGAGAGUAGUCAUCAAUAGCCAUAUACUCAAUUUGGGAAGGGGCGAAGCUGUAUGAGGUAAUUGGAAGUAGAAGUAGCAUCUAGUGAGAGUAGGAGUUUGAU